AUGUCCGAAGUCAACUCUUCCAACGUCCAGGAGACCAAGCUCGCGACCCAGUCGCUCCGCAACCCCGCAUCGGAGAACCUGCCCGCCGAGCGCGAGGAGUCCAAGCAGUCCAACUAUGACGGCUUUGGCGACCACGACAGCACCACGACGGGCGGCUUUGGUCGCAACGCCGGCGGAUCGGCCUUCUCGCGUGCGAACCAGAUGGGCACGGCCAGCGGCGGCGACGGCAACGACGACGACGACAGCUACGCCCAGGAGCGCACCGGCUCUGGCGGCGACAAGACGGGCGCCAGCACCCCCGGAUACCGUCGUGACGGCGAGGAGGAGUCGAGCAACCAGAACAACCAGUUCCGCGGCCAGAACCUCUCGUUCACUUCGGGCACCAACAACGACGACCCCGAGAUCUAA